AUGAGUUUGAGGAUCCACAAGUUAUCAAAUUACCGUUUUGGUGCAUCAGAAGAUGAGGAAGAAGAGGAAAAGGCACAUACAGAUCGCAUGGAAAAAAUAAAAGAAAUUUUUGCAGUCGAAGGAACAGUUAAAUCUGUUCGUUGCAUUAUUCUUGCUCACGAACACAACAUUACAACAAUAUUACUCCUCAAAAACAAAAAUAAAAAGAAAUUACAAAUGCCAGGCGGAAUAGUUAGAACUGGAGAAGAAGAUGAAGCAGCUAUUAAACGUAUACUCACCAAGAAAUUCCGCAUUGUCGAAGGUGAAUUCGAUAUCGGUGAUCAUGUCGCUACAUGGUACCGUCCACAGUUUUCAGAGUAUUUAUAUCCAUAUCUUCCAGCACAUAUUACACAAGCUAAAGAAAUCGAGAAAUGGUAUAUAGUAAUGCUCCCAGAAAAAGCACAUUUUAACAUCCAAAGCAAAAAUGAAUUAAGUGCAUUACAAUUUAUACAAAUUCAUAACAAUGUUGAAUACCAGGAAAAGACUCUUUUAUAUAUCCCAGCCAUUAUGAGUAAGUAUGAUUUCACAUUUGAAUAA